AUGCUGUGUGGUAAAGUAUCUCUCUACUCCGUACACUGCGGCUUAAGGAAGUACUACUACUCGGGCGGAUCAUCCCGAAGGGCAUCUCCGCUAUUGACAAAAGCAAUCGAACUUUCUCUUUUCUCUUACUUCUGUCCAUCCUGUUUUUCUUUACAUCGACACCUUCGCUUGGUCUGCUUUAUUGUUCUUCCUUCUCUCUCGUUUCAGUUUUCCUUUGGAUCUCGCAUCGGUUGUCUUCCAUCGACCUUCAUUGCUGCCAAAAGUGGACCCCAACCUCCUCUCCAGUCGACCCAUCAACCGUCCUCCAGUUCUCCACGGUACAUAUAUCUCUUCCACCUUUCGGCCGGCGCUCUGAACUUCACUCGCUUCUAG